GUCCGUGACGGAUAUAAACUUAAUCUACGAAUCUGUGUUACGGUAUAAAUUAUAAUAUUAAUGUAUUAUCGCGUUGUGACUCGCGACAUCGCGUCGUGUCACCUAAUCAGUAAUCACUGUAAUCAGUGGAGAUAAUGACCACCGAUUCAUUUUAUAAACGCGCUCUGUUGGAAGUUGGGCAAUAUGGGAAAUUUCAAAAGAAAUUUGAUUGUCUCUACAACAUACUUUUAUCUGUUUUGUGGUGUAUGGCAUAUAAUAACAUAAUAUUGGCACUAACGGUUAUUCCACACACGUGUAAACCUCCUCAAAAACAGGAAAAUUUUUCUUUAUUAACUGGAAAAUAUAAAGACAUACCACCAUUCAACCAAUUCAAUGAAACCAUCGAGCUUAGUAGUUGUUUUAUAACUUAUAUUACUACUCCCAACAACAACAAAACAACAGAAUGUAAUGAAUAUACUUACGAUAAUACUUGGUAUGGCAGUACAGUAACGUCUCAAAACAAUUGGGUUUGUAAUAAUGAAAUUUACAUGGACAAUGUAUUGGCUUAUAGCAAGAUAGGCGAAACAAUCGGGUCUCUAUUUUUUGGGUGGUUUGGUGACACAUACGGCCGCAAACCAUCUUAUAUAAUCUCAUUAUCUCUUCUUAUCACUGGACGCGCAAUAUCUUUGAUUACCAGCCACUCUUACACCUUUUUUGUUACUGGGUGUAUUAUUGCUGCUUUCCCUUCGACAUUUGCUUUGCAAAGCAUAUCUUUAAUAUCGAUUGAAAUAUCUUCUCCUAAAAGGCGAUCACAAAUAGCAAAAUAUCGAUUGAUUGCAUCCAGUUUUGGGAUGUGUUUAAUGCCUUUAUUAUAUUGGUGGUUAAGAGAUUGGAAGACAUUUUUAAUAGUUACUACAGUAACUCAAUUACCUUAUCUAAUAUUUUCUUGGAAAAUUAUAGAAUCUCCAGAAUGGCUUUGGGUCAACAAAAAACCCAAAAAAUGUAUUAGGCAACUACGACACAUAGCAAGAGUAAAUAAUGCUAGUUUAGAAAAAGACACAGAAAAUAAAAUUCUGUCCGAGUCUCAUACCACGGGAAAUGAAGAAGCUUUAGGGCCUUUGGAGCUGUUUUCUAGCAGAAGAUUGGCAAUUAACACUUUUUUGCAGUUGUGUUUAUGGGUCUCUGUCACUGUAAGCUACAUCGUCAGUUUAUUGAGUUCCGGUGAAAAAUCAGAUGGAAAUCCUUUUUUGGAAUUUACUUGGCAGGCACUUAUAGAAGUACCAGCACAUUUUUCUGCUGCAUGGCUGGUUGAACAGUUGGGAAGAAGAUAUACAAGCGCGGCAUCCUCUGGGUUCACAUGUAUUUUGUGGAUGAUACUUGGCUUGAGGGAAUUGGAUGUUUUUUCUUGGCUGAACCAGGGGUAUAUUGGCACAAUAAUUGGCAUUGUUAAUAGAUUUUCGAUUACUAUAGCGUAUUACACGAUUAAUUUGCUCAAUAUGGAGUUAUAUCCUACACGUCUACGGCAAUCUGGAAUGUCGUUGGGUAACAUCGUUUCGGGCGGAGCGGCAGCGGUAGCACCUUAUAUAUUGUAUGUGGGUCAUCGUCAUGGAGUUUACGUUUCAUCAGGAAUAUUAGGGGCAGUAUCAUUAUUGGGUCUUUUGGCAGCGUUGUUUCUUCCUGAAACAUCGAACAUGGAAUUACCGGAAACUUUAGAGGAAGCUCAACAAUUUGGGAACCAGCCCCAGGAAUUAUAAGGACUCUUAUGUUAUGGAAUUAUUAUGAUCUUAGAGACUUCUCUCUUCUUCUAUUUUACAGAUCUUAGAGCGACCCAUGUUCAGCAGUGGACGGCGAUAAGCUAAUUGAUUGAUUGGUUGUAUAUUACUUAUCUAUAAUAAAGGAGGAGAAGAAAUUGUAUAAUAGGGUAAAUUUGUAGUGGUAUUUUAUCACCUUAAGAUUAAUUUGACACUUUUUUAUAUUUAUUACACUCUUUUUGAAAAGUGUCUCAAAUUAAUCUUAAGGUGAUAAAAUACCACUACAAAUUUUAUAAAAAAAAAUAUUCAAUCAAUAAGUGCCAUUAUAUUACGUUUAAAUAUUACAUUUUUAAUUUUCCCCCGUAAAUAGACGAAAACGCUAGAGACCACGUUGCUAACGUCAUCUCGACAAUAAAUAUCAAGUAACAACGCUUUGCAUGGAGAAAGAGCAAAUUAUUACAAUUAAAAUAAGCUACUAUCGUUAUCAUUGGUGUGUUGUUCCUGAAUGUAAGAAUAUUAAUGUAAAAACGCCAAAAAAAAUUUGGAUUCAAGUACUAACCGAUAUAACUAUGAAAAAAACUUGGUUUAACUUGCGAGAAGAGAUCUAAAUUUAUUGUCCGAAAAAUUUAUCCAUUUCAAUAAAUUAGAAAUAAGUAGUGAACGCGUAUUGACACUUCAAGUAGUUUA